GGCUUUUCGAAUAGUCAUACCCUUGAUGGCCUGGGCAGUUUCACGAGUGUUCUGAAAGUGAACACUAAGAUUUGAGCCUCUUGAUUGGCAUGAUUUUGUGGGGUUUUCUGGGUCAGAGUGAAUAGAACCAUUUUCAGAGGUCACCUCUGGCCGCUUUGGGAAGGAGGGGGGACAACAGCAUUUUAAUCACUAGAUUUCAGGAGAAGCUAGUGCCUACAGAGAUAUUCUUAAAAUCACUAUGAACUUUAUUUUCCUCUUCUGCUGGACCCAACAUGUGGUAGAAAUUCACCUUCCGGGCAUUUGCUUUUCCUUGGUCUCUCCUCUUUCCCUCCAGAGCAGUCCUGUUUUUGAAAUGCACGCAGGCUCCCGGACUGGGAUUCCAGGGGAAGGCAGGCCCAUCCCAGCUGGCCUGCCAGCACAUCUGGAAGUGGUUUCAGGGGCCGCCAGCGCACCGCCUGGAUCCCCAGCUGCUUCGCCCAGGGGUGGAGAAACCGGAGCUGCUGCAGAGUCAACGCAAGCAAAGGGAGGUGCGAGCCGGGGAGGAAUACUGUCUUGGAAACAUAACAUUGGCCUUGGACUCUCCGGCCCCUGGGGUUUUCCAAUGGGAUCUCAGAAGCAGCGGCGGCAGUGAAGGGCAGCAGCCCGGGGCCAGUCGCUAUUUGAACUCUCAGCCCUGCAGCUCUUCUGGACCCAGGAGCCCAAAGCCCUGCCCUCGCCAGUCACCAGGUCACAGUUUUUAUCCACAUGAACAUACAUGGCUUUGUUACGAAAAAUUAAUCAGGUGCUGCUGUUCCUUCUGAUUGUGACCCUCUGUGGGAUUCUGUAUAAGAAAGUUCACAAGGGGACUGUGCUCAGGAAUGACGCAGGUGAGGACUCUGGGACUCCCGAGGAACUGGACGCUGAGAUCCCCGUGGUGAUCUGCGCAGCAGCAGGGAGGAUGGGGGCUGCGAUGGCCGCCAUCAAUAGCAUCUACAGCAACACGGAUGCCAACAUUUUGUUCUAUGUAGUUGGGCUCCGGAACACUCUGUCUCGAAUACGAAAAUGGAUUGAACAUUCUAAAUUGAGAGAAAUAAACUUUAAAGUCGUGGAAUUCAACCCUAUGGUCCUCAAAGGGAAGAUCCGACCAGACUCAGCGAGGCCGGAGCUGCUCCAGCCUCUGAACUUUGUUCGGUUUUAUCUCCCUCUGCUGAUCCACCAACACGAGAAAGUCAUCUAUUUGGACGACGAUGUCAUUGUACAAGGUGAUAUCCAGGAGCUGUAUGACACCACCUUGGCCCUGGGCCACGCGGCCGCCUUUUCAGAUGACUGUGAUUUGCCCUCGCUUCAGGACAGGCACAGACUUGUGGGGCUGCAGAACACCUACAUGGGCUUCCUGGACUACAGGAAGAAGACAAUAAAAGACCUCGGCAUCAGCCCCAGCACGUGCUCGUUCAACCCUGGCGUGAUUGUUGCCAACAUGACGGAAUGGAAGCACCAACGUAUCACCAAACAACUGGAGAGAUGGAUGCAGAAAAAUGUGGAGGAGAAUCUCUACAGCAGUUCCCUGGGGGGAGAGGUGGCCACCUCCCCAAUGCUGAUUGUGUUUCAUGGGAAAUACUCUACCAUCAACCCCCUGUGGCACAUAAGGCACCUGGGCUGGAGUCCAGAUACCAGAUAUUCAGAGCAUUUUCUGCAAGAAGCAAAAUUACUCCACUGGAACGGAAGACAUAAACCUUGGGACUUCCCCAGUGUUCACAAUGACUUAUGGGAAAGCUGGUUUGUUCCUGACCCUGCAGGGAUAUUUAAACUCAGUCACCAAAACAGCUGACACUUUAUAUAUUUUCUGUAUAAAAAUGUGGAAUUGUCCAUUUGCAACCUACUAUAACAUCAUUCUUUAUGAACAGUACCUUCGAUAUGUAUGAUCUACAAUAUGAAAAACAGAGACUACUGUGUGCAAGUAAUACCUUGGAUCACAUAGGUAUUGAUUACUUCCUUACGUACAAGCACUGAGUGUGGAAAUCAAGGUUAUGUGAGUGAAAUAUAUUGUUGGAAAGAAAUAAACCCAUGUAGGUUCCAGCAACCAAUUUGCUUAACUCAGUGACAAUUAUAUCUAAAACUUUUCAAAAUUUCUACAUGUAUUUUUCACAUGUAGGUAUUUUUUAACAGGUUGCCAGUCUUGUGUUUUUGUAUUACACUUAAAAUAUGAAUGCCUGAAAAAUAAAAUAGUCAUAGAUUUUUAAUGAUUCUCAUUGUAUAUAGUAUUCUAUAUGUUAAAUAUAACAGAAGGCAAACUGAUCUCAGGUUUAAAGGAUGAAAGAAUACCAGUAAGUCUCGCUACAGAAAAGCCUGCAACUUAAGGAUUAUCAUUCUUAUAUUUUUUAUUGUAAAAAUCAUCAGACUUUCAAAUGAAUUUAAAAACUUUUUCAAUAUUUUUUAAUGAAAAAGUCUCAUACUGUCAUGUAUAGAAUAUAUCAACAUUUACUACCUGUCAUUUAAUGAAACACACCAUUGUUGUACGCUUGGAAAGUCCUUAAACCCAUUCUCUAAUAAGUGUCCAUAAUUUAAAGGGUAUUUUCUCCACUUAAAUAAAAAAAAUCCAUUGUAAGGCUACAAAUCAUUAUAUACCAAAGCAAUACCUAGUUACAUGCUUUACACAGUCCCAUGAAAAAAUAAUUCAGUUGUUCCUAGUCCCUGAUGCAAGGUGCUUCAAAGCACCUGCACAAAACAUCCAUGUAAACAGCAGUACAGUACAUGAUUUAAAUAACAUGAAUGACUCCUACACAGCUUGAUCCAGACUAAAGGAAAAAUAAAAUUCAUCACAGCCAGCAGCUAAACAGCAUGUUAAGAUUCACAACAAGGAUUUGUUUCUCUUUAAAUAUUUCCAUAUUGAAAAGCAUGCUCCGUGGGUAUAAGUGAUCAAGGGGAGAUGCAAAUAGCAUUUCCAAACACCCAGGUUUAUAUCUGCCAGGCAUAGAAGUCUGGACUAUUUGUAGCACCUUGGAAAAUGCAUUAAAAAUCACAAAGGUACAUUACUUAAAAACCAACCUUGCAUAAGGUUAACGUAGUCCACAGUAACAAAGAACAAUGAUGCAGAGACAGAAGUUUGUAAAUUACUGGCUUAUGAGAUUUAACUAGCAAGAAAAUUUGUCUUAAUUAUAGUAGCACAUCUCAUGUACAUAAAGCACCAGUUUAAAACAGGUUAUCGAACACCUCCAGCACCUUGCCGCUCAGCCUGAAAAUUCAUUUCUCAUCACUUGCCAUGUUACACCCCUAAAGCCAAGGAAGAUAAAAUUCGGUGAUAGGUACUGAAAGAGAAAUUCAGUUCCUUCCCUAUCGAGUGUAUGUCUCUCAA